AUGCUCAAAACAAUCCUUCAACCCAUCCACUCGGUGCGAUUGCCACCUCCAGGCUCCUUCCAGGACCAAACCGUCCUGAUAACGGGCUCAAAUACCGGGAUCGGGCUUGAAACAGCUCGUCAUGUAGUAUCCCUCGGUGCAUCGAAGAUCAUCAUGGGGGUUCGAUCCGUCGAGAAGGGCGAAAGGGCUCGCGAGGGUAUACUGUCUAAAAUACCAGCAAACAAAUCCGCAAAGCUGGAUAUCGAAGUCUGGCAGCUCGAUAUGUCAAGUUUCAAGAGUGUGAUGGCCUUUGUGUACAGAAUUAAGGAAUACUUCUCUCGGCCAGACAACAGACUUGAUACUGCCAUCUUGAAUGCAGGCCUCGCCUCGGGGGUCUGGCAACUAACCCCUGACGGCUGGGAGACGCAAAUUCAAGUGAACGGACUUUCCACGGCUCUACUCAGUCUCGAGUUGCUACCAGUUUUGCUUUCCUCCGCUUCAUCUUCUCCAUCGAGGCCGCACCUGGUCAUCGUGUCUAGUGAUAUGCACCAGCAAGCCUUACUACCACAACGUUCGGCGUCAAACAUCCUCGAAGCCCUAAACGACAAGGAACAGUGGCAGAAGCUGCAUGCAAAGAGUCCGGUGGAAAGAUACGCUGUGAGCAAAAUCUUCAACCAAUGGACGAGUAUUGAGGUGGCAAAGUUGGUACCCCGUGACCGCGCAGGUCGAGAAAAGGUUAUAGUAACCAGUGCGACGCCGGGAUUCUGCAAGAGUGAGCUGUUGUCGCGCGAAGAAGGGGCACCGUUCUUGCUUAAAGUUGUGCAAGCCGUUUGUGCGCGGACUCCGGCGGAUGGUGCCAAAGCAAUUGUUGAUGCUGCAGUCAGGCAAGAUGGACACGGGAAAUGGUUGGAGAAUCAGAAGGUGACCGAGUGA